GGGGGGGCCAUUUUCCUUCCCUCCCCGUGGUUUUCCUUUUCCGCUGUCCAGAAUAAACACGUGUGGUGUCUCUGCUCGUUUCAAAAUUGAUCACUUAAAUUGAUUGAAGCCUUCAUGCUUGAUUAAUUAGGAGGAGCAGCAGGAAGGAAGGAAGGAAAGAAGGCCAAGAAGAAGUUGGACGAGGCAGGAUGCGGAGGACGGACGGAUGGACGCUGCUCCUCUUCUUCACCGCCGCGCUCCACAGCUCAACGGCAGCCGGUCUCAUCGACGUAUUGAAGGUUCUGGAGCUUUCCGAGGACAUGGAGGGCGUGUCCCUGGAGGCCGGACUGUGCGCCAGCAGGAUGGGCCGAGAGGAUCCAGACCUCUCCCUCAAGAUCAACAAGAAGAUCCAACUGAGCGCUCCCACCAAGCAGCUUUUCCCUGAUUCUCCAUUCCCAGAAGACUUCUCACUGAUGACCACAGUUCGAGCUGUGAAGGGCUCACAGGUCUUUCUGCUGUCCCUGUAUGACCCUCAGGGUACACAACAGUUGGGUUUAGAGAUCGGACGUUCUCCCGUGUUUCUGUACGAAGACCACGAGGGUCAGCCCGCCCCGGAACUCUACCCUACUUUUAGGAGAAUCAAUCUGGCGGACGGCAAGUGGCACCGAGUGGCCUACAGCGUGAAGGCCCAGCGGGUCACUCUCUACUUGGACUGCAUCGAGCUGGAGACCUUGGAACUGCCGCGGGGACCCCGACCGCACGUCAGCACCGACGGCGUCGCCGUGUUUGGAACUCGUCUGUUGGACCGAGACGUCUUUGAGGGUGACAUCCAGCAGCUUCUGCUGGUGGAUGACCCAGCGGCGGCCGAGACGUACUGCAGGGAUUUCAUUCCGGAUUGCGACAGCGCGCUGCCUUACCACGGCAUCCCGGUGGACAUCUCGGCCGACGAGGUGGACGUAGCACCAAAGAAACAUGUGGUGGAGGAGUUGGACGAGUACGACUUCAGCGACCUCUACCAGGACGUCUCCGUCUCCGUCUCCACGGUGACGGCUGGGCCCAACGUCAGCGAGUACGAGAUCUUCGAGUACGAGGACUACGACAACUUCACAGACAGCUACCAGGUGAACGAGUACGAAUACGAGGAGGAGGAGGAAGUGGACGGACAUUACAGGCCGGCUGAGAGGGAAGGGGGAUACGGUCUGGACACGCAGUACGUUCCGGAGAAAGGAGAAAAAGGGGAGCCGGCCCUUUUGGGAGCGGGCACACGAUUUGUGGGUUCUUACGGGCCUCUGGGAGCGCAGGGAGCGGCUGGCCCCCCCGGAAUCACGGGGCUGGUGGGACCUCGGGGAGACCUCGGAGAACCGGGACCCCCAGGACGACCGGGCCUGAACGGAGUUGACGGGAUACCGGGACCCCCGGGAAACAUAAUGCUCUUACCGUUCCGGGCGGGCGGCGGCCAAAAGUCGGCAACCUUUUCCGCACAGGAAGCUCAAGCUCAGGCCAUCCUGCAGCAGACCGAGUUGUCUAUGAAAGGUCCUCCUGGUCCACUUGGCCUCAGAGGACGACCUGGUCCGCUCGGCAUACCGGGUCCAUCCGGUUGGAAGGGCAGCAAUGGGGAGCUGGGACCACCUGGUUCCCCCGGAGCCCCGGGAAUCCCAGGCCAGAACGGACGCCCUGGAAAAAGGGGACGAGCGGGGGCGGACGGCGGGCGAGGUGACAUCGGAGAGACGGGCGUCAAGGGGGACAGAGGCUUUGAGGGCCUGCCCGGUCUGCCUGGAAACAAGGGAAAUAAAGGCGAGAGGGGAAAGCCGGGGCCCCACGGUCCUGCCGGAGAGCUGGGAGAAAAGGGUUCUGAGGGCCCGCCGGGACCUAGAGGACAACCUGGCGAUGCUGGUUCAAGAGGUAUGAACGGCCCUCGAGGUCGUCAGGGACCUCCAGGACAGUCAGGAAUUCGGGGAAUCGAUGGUGUUCAAGGUUCAAAGGGCAACUUUGGGGUCCCGGGGGACAUCGGAGCACCAGGACAGCAAGGCAACCUUGGAAUUCAGGGCUUUCCUGGUCCUCAGGGAUUAGUCGGGCUGCCUGGAGAGAAGGGGCCACAAGGGAAGAAAGGGAUGCAGGGCUUACCUGGAAAUGACGGACCUCCCGGUCAUCCUGGACGGGAAGGUACUCCCGGUGAAAAAGGUUUACCGGGUCCCGUGGGAGUGCAGGGGCCGGUCGGAUACCCCGGACAACGAGGAGUCAAGGGAGCCGACGGCGUCCGAGGACUGAAGGGCAGCAAAGGUGAGAAGGGCGAGGACGGCUUCCCCGGCGCCAAGGGCGAGAUGGGCGGCAAAGGUGACAGCGGCGACAACGGCGCAACGGGAGGACGAGGAGAAGACGGACCCGAGGGACCCAAAGGGCAGAUGGGGCCUCUGGGAGAAACAGGCCCCGCGGGUAUCCUUGGAGAGAAGGGAAAACUUGGAGUACCCGGAUUGCCGGGAUAUCCAGGACGACUUGGACCAAAGGGCUCUGAUGGUUUUCCGGGAAUACUAGGGGCUCCUGGAGAGAAAGGCAAAAAAGGUCCUCCAGGACAACCAGGAAGUGCAGGACAGAGGGGUCCAAAUGGUGCACGGGGAGGCAGAGGGGCCAGAGGACCCACAGGGAAACCUGGAGAAAAGGGAGCUUCUGGACACGACGGCGUCCAGGGAUCGACUGGCGAGAGGGGACCACAAGGACCUCAAGGAAGAGGUGGAGAGCCUGGACCCAAAGGAGCAUCUGGUCCGGGUGGGAAAGACGGUCUUCCAGGACACCCAGGUCAACGAGGAGAACCGGGAUUCCAGGGGAAGACGGGACCCCCAGGACCCUCUGGUGUGGUGGGACCACAGGGAAAAUCGGGCGAACCUGGCCCCACGGGGGACCGAGGUCAUCCAGGUUCACCGGGUGUACCCGGAGAACACGGUUUGCCUGGUUCGGCCGGGAAGGAAGGUGGAAAGGGUGAUCCCGGAUUACCCGGAACUAUGGGGAAGAGCGGACCCCCGGGACUGAAGGGGUUCAGGGGAAGCAGAGGAGCUCCUGGCGUUAUGGGCCCUCCUGGUCUAAAAGGAAGUGCGGGACCUUCUGGAGCCCCAGGUGCCAUGGGGCCAGCCACCGAGCGAGGUCCCCCCGGGCCGGCCGGAGCCAUCGGACAGCCAGGACGGGCCGGAGCCAUUGGAGGACCAGGACCGAUGGGAGAGAAGGGCGAGCCUGGUGAGAAAGGUCCAAUGGGACCGGCAGGUCAGGAUGGGGAACAUGGACCGGGGGGCAUGCUCGGAGCUGCAGGCCCUGCGGGACCCGCGGGAGAUGAUGGAGACAAGGGGGAGCAAGGAGGACCAGGCCAGAAAGGAAGUAAAGGCGACAAAGGCGAAGCUGGACCCCCAGGACCCACUGGUACUCAGGGGCCCCUCGGACAACUAGGACUUCCCGGUCAAGAUGGGGAGGUAGGGCCCCAAGGUCAGCAGGGAAUGUACGGACCCAAAGGAGACGAGGGACUACGCGGCUUCAAGGGUUUGGGAGGACCAAUAGGAUUACAGGGCAUGCCGGGCCUCCCUGGUGAAAAAGGCGAGAGCGGACAUGUUGGGCUGAUGGGUCCACCUGGGCAACAAGGGCCAACCGGUUCUCAAGGACCAAUUGGAGGACAGGGGCCCACGGGUCGGCUGGGUAUGGUGGGGCAGCCCGGUCUCGUUGGAGAAAAGGGGGAGGAUGGUGAAUCAGGUGAUCCUGGCCCAGUUGGUUUUUCAGGAAAAAUAGGUGAGACGGGUGACCAAGGGGAGAAAGGAGAUACUGGUCCUCCGGGAGCAGCUGGUCCUCCAGGUUCCCGAGGCACCCCAGGGGAGGACGGAGCCAAGGGCAAUGCGGGUCCUAUUGGUCUCACCGGGGACCUUGGACAGCAAGGGGAGGCUGGCCCCAACGGUUUGGACAGCCUUCCUGGGUCUAAAGGAGACACUGGAGAGCCUGGAAAAUCUGGACCACCAGGAGCAGCGGGAGAACCAGGGCCACUAGGACCUCCUGGCCGAAGGGGCCACUUGGGAAAAGCUGGGAAAAAUGGAAAGGAAGGCCAAAAAGGAGCUAAGGGUGCUCCUGGAUUUGAGGGUCCUAUCGGGAAAACAGGGCCGGUGGGUCGUCAGGGGCACUCCGGAAAGGCUGGUCCACAGGGUCUCAGAGGGAUUCCUGGUCCUGCUGGUGAACAAGGCUUGACUGGACCAUCAGGCCAGAUGGGUCCACCUGGUCCAAUGGGUCCACCAGGAUUACUCGGACUAAAGGGAGAUCAUGGAAAGAUCGGCGACAAAGGUCAUAGCGGCCUCAUAGGUUUGAUUGGGCCCCCAGGGGACAUCGGCGAGAAGGGAGACCGAGGGCUGCCAGGAAACCAGGGACUACCGGGUUCGAAAGGACAUGAGGGUCCCGUUGGCCCUGCAGGUCCUCAUGGCCCUCCUGGCCCUACAGGUCUAUCUGGUGCUAUCGGGAUAAAGGGUUCUAAAGGAAAUCCUGGUCCGAUUGGCCAACGAGGAGACACCGGACCUGCAGGACCUCCAGGACUCCCUGGACUCCCGGCGGUCACCCCACUGCCGGAACGAGGGCGGCAAAGGCGGACCCAUGUUCUGGACGGUGCUGUUCUGGAAGGGGAGGACAAGAUGGUGGAUGGCAGCGAAGAGGACGAGGAGUGGAUUCAGGGGGAUCAGGCCGAGUCGAAUGCUUGGGCCAAUGAAAAGAACGAGGGCCAAGGCAUGGAGGAGGUGUUCGCCUCUCUUUCCUCUAUUAAAGUGGAGGUGGAGGGACUGCGCACCCCCCAAGGGACCUACCACAGCCCCGCCCGCUCCUGCAAGGAGCUCUGGCUACUUAGUCCAGAACUUCCCAAUGGUGAGUACUGGAUUGACCCCAACCGAGGCUGCCACCGAGACUCCUUCAAGGUGUUUUGCAACUUCACCGCUCAGGGCGAGACGUGUCUCUAUCCGGACAAGAAGUUUCAGUCGGUGAAGCUGGCUGGGUGGAAAGGGGAGAAACCCGGCACCUGGUACAGUCAAUUCCGGAAAGGAAAAGAGUUCUCGUACUCCGGCGUGGACGGCGUUCCGGUGCAUGUGGUGCAGAUGAACUUCCUCAAGCUGCUGAGCGUGAAGGCCAGGCAGACGUUCACCUACCACUGCCUCAACUCCGUGGCCUGGCUGAAUGGCGACACCGGCGGCCACGAGGUGGCGCUGCGCUUCCGCGGCGGUGACGGCGAGCUGACGCACGAAAACGCACAUUACAUCCGUGCCCGCUACGACGGCUGUCAGAUGCGCUCCGGGCAGGAGAGGACGGUGUUGGAAAUGGACGCCCCCCAGUCCUCCUCAUUGCCCGUCGUCGACGUGGCGGUGGGCGACUUCGGCAACGCAGGCCAGAAGUUUGGCUUCCAGGUCGGGCCAGUCUGCUUUGGUGGUUAACGUUUCCGGACGGGACAAGACUGGAUGGAACGGGACCAAAAAAAUACAAAUACAAAUAAAAAGAGCAAUACUGACUGACUCUUUUAACGUGCAGGGAAAAGAAAAAACAAACUACUUCCACGACUCCGAGCGGGUGCCUCGCCUCGUCAUAUUUAUACCUUAUUGCUUACUGAUUAAGCAGCACAGUGUGGGUUAGCACAUCUGCCUCACAGCUCUGAAGUUCGGGGUUUGAAUCUCAGCUCCGCUCGUCCUGUGUCACCCUAAUAAGGACAAACGCUAUAAAAAAAUGGAUGGCUGGAUGAUUGCUCAUUGUUGCCUUCACCCGCUGCUCCACUCUUUGAAUGGUCGCUACUACACACCAUUGCAAAAACACUUGAAUGGUCGCAUUUCACCCAAAUUCACCUGCCAAAACCCUCAUUGCUGUUGUUUAUUAGUUAGCCACGUUGUUAUCCUUAUGUGUGUUGUUGUGAUGUCAUCAUGGUGCUAUCGUCUGCAAAGGGAAACUGGGACAGUGCAUUUUUAUUUGUUUUAAUGUAUAUUGAGAAGUUUAACAUUGUGUGGGGAAGUGACUUAAAAAUAAAAGAAGUACAUAAUGUACAUUGAAAUAUUUAA